CAGAAGGCAAAUAGAAGAUUUGGAUGAAAACAAAUGAGCAGUCAUUGUGUUUUACAGAAGGAAAGUUUGGGCUCUGUUUAAAAAGCGUUGUCGAUGGACAGCACGUCCAUUAUAACGCAAGUUAACAAGGACGAUGAGUCGGCAGAAGUGAGCCCCUACACACAAAACAAACUACCUUCUUCAGUCACCAAAAAGCCAAGGAAUCGGAACAUUUUUUCCUCAUUUUUUUGCUGUUUUGGCGCCCAGUCUGCUGCUGCUGCCGGAGGUCCAUACAGAACUGCUGUCACCCACACGAAUCACAACCACAAUCACAAUGAAAACUCGCUUAGUAUCUCCACUGAAGAAAAAGAGCCAAAGCCCUGUAAAUAUCUACUUCCUGCUGUCAGACAUCAGGAUAUGCACAAAAAAUGUAUUGUAAUAGACUUGGAUGAAACACUGGUUCACAGUUCAUUUAAGCCUGUCCAUAAUGCAGAUUUCAUUGUUCCUGUGGAGAUUGAUGGCACAAUUCAUCAGGUCUAUGUGUUAAAGAGGCCUCAUGUUGACGAGUUUCUUCGCAGAGUUGGGGAGUUGUUUGAAUGCGUUCUUUUUACUGCUAGCUUAGCAAAGUAUGCUGAUCCAGUCGCCGACUUGCUGGACAAGUAUGGAUCAUUUCGAGCCAGGCUCUUUAGAGAGUCUUGUGUGUUUCAUAGAGGAAAUUAUGUGAAGGAUCUUAGUAAACUAGGAAGGGAUUUAAAAAAGGUCCUAAUUGUGGAUAAUUCACCAGCAUCAUACAGUUUUCAUCCUGAAAAUGCAAUUCCAGUUGCGUCUUGGUUUGACGACUUUUCAGACAUGGAGCUUUUGGAAUUAAUUCCCUUCCUUGAAUCAAUAAAUGAAGCUGACGAUGUCUGUGCAUAUUUGAGAAAUGCGAACAUGAACACCCUAAAAGGGAGAUGUAAUUCCUUAGAACUCAACACCACUAGCUGAAUUUAAAGUACUCCUCAGAUUUUUAAUUAAAGAAUUUAACAUUUCUUUUUUGUUUUAAUGCCACUACAUAUGAAAAAGUUCUGAAAUUUCUUAUUGUGUCAAAUAAUUUAGUUACACAGAUUUAUGUCAUUCUCCCAACUUCCUCUGAUUUGGGCGGAAGGUAUUGAGUUCAUCUUGUUUCCAAAGCUUCAGUUACAUAUGUUUGGUGAAACAGAUGCCAAAAAGACUUCAACAAACAACAUCUUAGGUUCAGUACAAUCUUAGGAAGGUGAUGUUGACCAAAGCACUGAGAUCUGUGUUGCUUACCUGAAGUAUUACUGCUUUGAUGACAAGAUUGACAAAAAAGAAGUUUUUAACCCCUAAAGAUUUCUCAGGUUUUAUUUCUUGUUUUGUAGAAAUUGUUGUUUUAUAAAAAUUUGGAUUAUUUUUAUCAUUACAUUUGUAAGGGUAUUUGGUCUUUCAAAACUUAUCAGUCGAAAACUUAAGUAAAUUUUAAUGACAAACAUUUCAAGAGUAAGAAUUGUGUGACUUUGAAGACGUACUGGAACGAUUGUGAAUGACUUUUAAAUGCCCUUGAAAAUUUCCUCUUCAGUCAUUAAUUUGUGGUAACAAGAAGAUGCAGUGAAGAGCCAUUCACUGUAUUGGUUUUUGCAACAUAUUAUUGAAAUGCUAAACUAUGCCAUCUUACAUUUUAUACGUAGAUCACAAUACUCUAAGAACCUAGGAAACAUUUUUGUUUGAAUGCAGGUGUUAUUAAUUUUUUUAAUCAAUUUUGAACCAAGACAUUGAUUUUGUUUGUUACUUGGAAUGAAGUGUAUAUAGAGGCUACAGUUUCUUCAAUUGAAAAAAAUUGAGCAGAUUGAAAUUCAAAUCUUCAAACACAUUCUAAACACUAUAUUUUUGCUUGUCUGAUAAUUUGAGCUUACUGAUGAUAAUGGUUGAGUGCUAGUUUUCAAAGGUAGGGGUUAUAAUCUAUUCUAUACAUAGAAAGUGUUUAUCUUUGCACAUGAAGACAUAAUGUAUUAUAUGAUUGCUAGUUUGAUGUGAAACAAGUUUGUAUGUCUACUAAUUUUUAAAUGUAGGUUUAUAUACUUUUACAUCUAAUUUUGUACCUAUUGAAGUUCAUGCUAAUGAUGGUAUUUUUGUUACAGUAUAACAUUCUCAGGGAUCAUUAGUAUGCAAAGCAUUUCUAGUUUAAAGAAAAUCUCAAAGGGAAUUUCUCUAGUGUGAUAUUUUGUAUUGUAGAUUAAAAUUUAAGUGCAGAAAUCUUUAUAUAUAUAUAUAUAUAUUCUUCAGUUUUGCUACCCGAUUUUUCCUGUUUUUCUAGUCAAGAUAAAGUAGAGGUUAAAUAGAAACCUUUAACUUCUUAGUAUUAGGUUUAUGUUAAGUGGAGAACCAUAGUGGAGGCUCUGAAGUGUUACCUGGGAACCAGAGAAUUGUAAUAGAUAUGGUUGUUCAUUUUGGAAAGAUAAAAAACAAAUGAUGAUUCAUUUGUCUCAAAAUUCAGUCACCAUCAAGAGUAGAUGGUGAUCUUAUGAUGCUAUGUUACAAGUCUCCCUCAGGCAGAAGGGCCUAAUGAAGACUAGCUACAUAGCAGUUGGAGUGUCGCAAUCUUCAGGAUUUCAUUGAUAUGUCAUGGUUUUUGCUUUAACAUGCCUAAUUGCUUUCUCUUGUGCUAGACGUAUGAGGAAGGCUCUUGGGCUGUUAUGUCAUGUCAAACAUAACACUGUGAGUAAAGCAAUUUUUGCUUAGGUUUUGCAUUGAAACCAAUUUUGACAACACAGGAUGCUAUGAUUAUGUAAUUAGGUGAUAAAUAGCAAUAUUAUUUUCUUAGUUGUUUGCCAGUGUCUUUUUGCAAGCUUUCUGUAUUUCAAAGUUUGUUGGUCAUUCUAACCAAUCAAUGUAAUGUUAGAUAUGUAUGCAAGUGGUUAGGCUUGAAGGCCCUUGUUUAUGUCUUGGCAACAAAGCUUUUGCUAUGCAGUGCUUCCAACACAUGUAACUGUAUAGAUGCCAAAGUUAAACCAGUUUGUAUUUGCAUUUUGUGGGCACAAAAUGUCAGGGAACUUAAGCACAGACAUUUUUGAGAUGCAGAUGGCAAGUGGAUGGAUGAUGUGACUACUGUUACUUUUGGUGCAAAGCCCUUGUUUUCAUGGUUUUUCUUUAAGACUUGUCGUUUGCUUAAGGGAAAAGAACUUUCAUCCACCAUCAGUCCUCUACAUCUCAGAAAUGGCUAUACCUCAAGCUCUGUUCAUAUCAUAACAACAGCAAUGACAAAUUUUCUUGAAAAUUUCCACGUGUUUGUUCAGGUCAUUGUACAAGAUUGCGGCUCACUUCACUGCAAUUUCCUCUUUCCUCAAUACAACUUGUAAAGAAUGACAUUAACCCUUUAAACCCUAAGAGUGACUAGUAUCUAAUUUCUCCCCACAAAAUCACCCCUGGGUCAUCCAUUAAGGUCAUGAGAAUAUAGGAAAUGAUCACCAACAAAAGAAGUCUAUGAUUGGUAAACAAAUUCUCCUUGUCAGCACCUUAGGAAAUGUACAAAGGACAGUAUGGAGAAUAUGCAUACUGAUGUUAGGGUGUAAGGGGUUAAUGACAGCUUAAAAAGAGUUUUCAAGGUUUUCACUUUUCCCUGCAAGCAGGGCGAGUUUGGGUCAAAUUUAUGAUACAAAUCAAUUAAGAAUGAUGUUUGUCUGUGUACUGUAUAUUUUUAUACUACUCAAAACUACAGAAUAUUAUUUUUGAAAAGCUGUAGUACAAUUAGAAAAUAAAAGGGAGUGAUCUUUGUAAUGUACUGAUAGCCACAAUAAAAGUGUAAUUCAA